AUGGAGACCCAAACAUCUCUCCUCUCCAUUCAGAAAAGCAUCUGGGACGGGCGGAUACCCCUGCAAAUUGUCCUUGCUCCAUCUGAGAGUCGGACAUACGACCAGACCGAUCCAUAUCUUAUCGCGUCCCCACGUGUCUCAUAUCUCCCGUCAUUACUGCCAAAACUUCGAGCUUUCUUCUCAAGCUCGCUCAUCGAGCCCAACUCUCAACCCCAUGAUGGCUGGUUUGCCUUUGAGGGUGUGCCAUUGAAAUGGCAUUAUCCUAUCGGCCUUUUGUUUGACCUCUAUGCGGGCGCAGACCCGGCUUCGAAGACCAGCACAAGAGGCGACGAUUCCCCAGAGGCUGAAUCGGCACUACCGUGGCGUCUGACUGUGCAUUUCAGCGACUGGCCUGAUGAAGAUCUUGUGCGACUCGAUGCCGAUGGCAUGGUCAUGAACGAUGCCUUCAUAAAUAGCGUCAAAGAGGCGGAUUUUCUUCGAAACGGCACAGCCAAAGGAAUCAUGAGUCUAUCCAAAGAAGACACUUUUGGUCUGUGGAAGGCUGUUGAGGGAGUGGACCUCCCCGCGUUCCAACGCAUUUCCAACAUCCUGUUGCCCCCGCCAUCACAGCCCUUCCGCAACAUCCCCAUUCGGAUUUUCUUACCUCUUCCACCAGAUGCUGAGUCUCCUUCCCUGAAAAUGAUACAGUCGCCACUGCCUCCAUCGAUCCCGACUGCUAGUAUCCAGUCAAGUCAAUUAUUGAGCUCUCGAUCCAGUCCUGGUAUGCAACCCCAGACGGUUGGCACUGUCCUACACACAUUGCUCCCCAAUCUUUUCCCCAGUCGACGAACUCCUAUCCUGGCAAAGCCGGUGCUUCAUGGAGCGGUGCUCCCUAUGUCUGCCCCGAUCGAAGAGGUGGUGAGGAGCUCUGCCUAUGGGGAUGGGUGGGCGUAUCUAGUCAUUCGGAUGAUGGGGUGA